CCACCUCCCCACUCUCCCUCAAUACCAACUAUGUAGCCUCUUCACAUCCCCACUCCCUUCCUCAUCUCACAUAUACAUAUACACAUAUACGUACAACACAUAUACUCACCAAAUAUAUAUUUAUAUAUUGUGUGUGUGUGGGUGGGUCAACUUCCUCCUCUACAUAUAGAAUAGUUUUUCUCUCCUGCUUGUGACUCCUGAUAUUUGGAUAUGGCGGCUAAUAAGAACAAAACCGCGAUCAAGAACAUGAUCAGAGCAUCGGAAGCGAUGGCCGACGCAGCUUCAUGGAUCUGCGCUGUGGUGCUGAUUGGCCUAAUCCUGGUGGCGGGGCUGAGGGAGGGCUCCGUCUCGUCCAGCUCGUUCGAGGGGCAGCUGGCAGGUUUCGGCGGCAGUGAACUGCGGUCAGAGCAGGUGAGAGGUGGCCAGUUCCUGGACAAGCCGUGCGAGGAGAUCUAUGUGGUCCGGGAAGGUGAGACCCUCCACACCAUCAGUGACAAGUGCGGGGACCCCUUUAUCGUCGAGCAGAACCCGCACAUACACGACCCCGAUGAUGUCUUCCCUGGGCUCGUCAUCAGAAUCACACCCUCCAAGUCCCGGAAGUUGCUAUCAUCGACCUAGCUAGAAACUUGUACAUAUAUAUUUAAGGUACAUACUUUGUAUUCGGAGAUCGGUCCGUGUUAACCAUUGGAUCAUGAUCGAUGAAUAUAUAGUUCAACCUAUUUUCAGUUUAUUCUUCCUCUUUGUUCUUCUUCUCUCUUCUUCUCGUAGUGUUUGGUGAUGUCUUUUGAGUUUGCAUUCCAAACUACUAAUUGGACAUGCUCUAAACCACAAACACAUACCGAUGUCUUCCGUGUAUUUUUGUGAUUUCGUUUUGUAUUUAUUCGACAAGACUAUACCGUUUUUAUC